AUGCCCGACCUCAUCGCAACUCUCAAUUCAAUCCCCCUAUCGGUCCUCUUAUCAGGGCUGAUCGCCAUGGGCGUCUUGUCAUGGCUUCGUCCGAAGGGCCGCAUAGCAUUCCAUCAUGCUAAAGACAAUAGGUUGAUGUUGACCAAGGCCUCUGGCAAAGAACAGAGUUUCGCGGAUGUGUGUCGGUCUGCCACUCCAGAAACAUGCCAAUUAAACCCAUUCCUGUUCAAUGGGCACCUACAGACAGCCUGGACUACUCUCAAACACGACAAUGUCCCUGUUUACUAUAAGCGCCGCAUGUUUGAAUCCGAGAAUCCUGGAUUUGCCGGCCACUACGCUAUGGACUUUGUGGUCGCGCCCUACGACAUGCCUCAGGACCCAGAACUCACUGAUCAGGCGAGAAAGCAUACCCAGGAUUCCGGUAUGCCACCUCGCACGUCUUUCUUCUCUGAGGAGGAGUUUACUGCUCUCCCUUCCGAUGAUACCAAGCCCAUGCUGAUAGUCUUGCACGGACUGAGUGGCGGCUCCCAUGAGGUGUACUUGCGACACGUGCUGGCCCCAUUGGUGGCUGACGGUACCUGGGAAGCUUGUGUUGUGAACUCGAGGGGUUGCUCGCAGACUAAAAUCAGCACUGGUGUUCUGUACAACGCUCGGGCUACCUGGGAUGUUCGUCAGGCUGUGAAAUGGGUUCGGCAAACAUUCCCCAAUCGUCCUCUUUUUGGUAUUGGAUUCUCACUCGGUGCGAAUAUUCUCACUAAUUAUUUGGGAGAGGAGGGCGAUUCAUGUCUGCUUAACUCUGCUGUGAUUUGCGCAAGCCCAUGGAAUUUGACUGUCAGCAAUAUCAAGCUGCAAGACACAUGGAUCGGAAAGAACGUUUACAGCAAAGCCAUGGGCACCAACAUGAAGAAGCUCUUCGAACAACAUGUGGACCAGGUCUCCAAAAAUCCCAGAAUUGAUGUGGAUGCCAUUAGAAGCAUCAACUAUCUCCACGAAUUUGACCGCGCUUUGCAAUGCCCAACCUGGGGUUAUCCAACUGAGGGAGCUUACUACCGUGAUGCUGCUUCCACCGACUCCAUGCUUGCUAUCAGAAUUCCAUUCCUUGCCAUUCAAGCCGAGGACGAUCCCAUUGCCUGCUGGGAGGCUCUCCCCUACCAGGAAAUGGCACAGACACCCUACGGAGUCAUGUUGACUACUUCGUGGGGUGGCCACCUGGGUUGGUUCGAACUUGGAGGAGCCAGAUGGUUUGUGAAGCCGGUAACAAGCUUCUUGAACAAAAUGGCCAAGGAAAUCGACCCGACUAUUCCCGGUGUUGUCGAACACCCCGAAAGACUUCCUGGUAACAUUGCCCACCACAACAACCCCAACAAAGACCCCGAUCUCGCACCAAAGCCUCAGUUCCAUCCCAUGCAGCGCAAGCUUGCCCUACCCUUGGGGAUCUAG